GCUAUGGGUACCCAAUGCAGUACCUACAUUAGUAUAAUUACUAAGAAUUUUCGAAGUACCCAUAUCGGGUACCUUGCUGAGGCUUUCUCAGUACAUGAGUACCUUGAACUCAGUACUUUCUCUAGGGAGUCGACAUUGAACCAGAUCUGAAUGUGGUUAAAGCUGUCAUUUGUUACCAAAUACUGAGAUAAAGAGACAAUUUCAAAGAGUGGAAAGAUAUUUUUAUGGGAGUCAGAGAGGAAGAAGUUCAAAAUUGUACAUCUUUUACUCCUCAAAAAAAAUUCGAGACAAACUGAAUUAAAACCUCUUGGUUUAAUUUUUGUUUCAACUUGUCCAAAUUUAGAAGUCGAAUUUUUCUUCAAAUGCACUACAGAAAAGAAAAAGAAGCAAAAAAUUAUUUAAAAUACAAUGGUUAUUAGACGAAGCCAUUAAGACUUGGGAAGUGGUGCAGUGAAGAAAAUAGAUUUAAGUAAGACUAGUUUAUUCACGAAAAGUGAGAUUCUAGUCUUACAAUGGUUAUUCUAAGAAUAUGAGUCUUUGCUCUGAUGAUUAGCAACCGGGAUUAAAUGCUUCGAUGAUACAAUUUGCUAUAUUAUAUCCUAUAAGAAUCAGAAAUAGUGAGAUUAGUUAUCAUACAUUUUAUGAGAUUAGUAAUUUAUUUUCAGUUAUCGCUCUUCUCAAAAACUAUCUUCUCGAAACUUCUUCGUGUAAUGUACGAAUUAUGGUAAGUCUCUUGAGUGCUGAUUGCGACUUCCAACGAUAGUAGUGUGACUCGUAAUCUGACUUUAAUUGUGUGUAACAAAACAUGUAUUAUUUUACCAUUUGUUUCUCCUCUUUUUCAUUUUGUAUAUAAAAAAGAUAAAACCCCGUCGUCUUCAUCUUCUUCAAGUGAAUCGCGUUCAGAAUCGGUCAAAGAUUUAUUAAGAUAUUUAACAGUUGACGAUGUUAAAGCAUGGCUUCGAAGAACAAUGUUUCAUCAAUUAGUUGAAGCAUGGUUUACGCAUAAUGUGGAUGGUAAAGAAUUAAUUGAGAUAAGCAGGACGGGAUGUUUGACAAAUGAAACAUUUAUGAUAUCUGGCUAUGAAUUAAUAUCAUUUAAAGAUAUUUUAAAUCGUUUUGGUUUCGAAUUUGAACUAGAUUAA